GUUUCAAUGAUGCAGUGGAUGGUCGACUUGGAGGGAGGGAGGAGGGUGGUGAAGCCGAGAACAGUCGCAGCAGCGGGAUGAGAAGUGGGAAUUUUGUCUUCUCAUCUAUCCUUCACUCUCUUCCUUGUUGUUCUUCUUCUUCUUCGGCUUCUCCCUUCACUUUUACCUCCCUUGGAAAGAAUAACACACUCUCACAUCUCCCCGCCUUCCCUCUCACUCUGCCCUCCUGUAUCCUGUAUUUCCCCUCCCCCACCACCAUAGCGCUUCGACUCUCCAAAAUUCCCAUUUACUCCCCCACCUAAAAUGCAGGUCCCAUUGCUUCGUCUUCAGUGUGGUGUCAACAGUUAUGACUGGGGUAGGAGUUCCCCGCACUCAGGUCUCUUAUCCACCGUGUGCUUCACGCUGAACGCUCUUCCCAGGCAAAAUCGGCCAUGAGUCUGCGGCCGCCAAAUAUGCAGCUACCUCGUCUGAUCCCGAAUUCUCGAUAGAAGCAGAGAAGCCUUAUGCAGAGGUUGGUGCGCCUGGUGGUUGAGCUUCCGCAAGCUAUCGACUGACCCGAUGACGUAUAGCUCUGGAUGGGCACACACCCCUCCCUCCCCUCCAAGGACUUGGAAACCAGGCGGACUUUGCUCGACAUGGUGCAG